GGAGGGGGGGGCGUCAAACUUUAGGCAGACAGAUCUUUUGAAGGAGGAGUAUUUAAUGCUUUGUCCCUGAUGUAAAGUGAAAGUAAAUAGGAAAGACAACACAUUCACAGAUAUGGCUUCCUCCCUGAAUGAAAGCCAAUUCCAGUGCUCCAUCUGUCUAGAGUUGUUCACUGACCCAGUUUCCACUCCGUGUGGCCACAACUUCUGUAAGAAUUGUAUCGGGGGGUAUUGGGAUAUCAGUGACCUGUGCCAGUGUCCUUUGUGUAAGGAGACAUUUUACAGAAGGCCUGAGCUUCGAAUCAACACGUCGUUCAGAGAAGUUGUUGAUCAUUUUAGGAAUAUGAGAGUUCAUGAAGGGUGCAUUGCUGCAACUGGAGAAGUGGCCUGUGACAUCUGCUCUGGGAGGAAGCUCAAGGCCCUGAAGUCCUGCCUGGUGUGUCUGACCUCUUACUGUGAGAUUCACCUGGAGCCUCAUCAGAGAGUGGUGAAUCUGAUGAGACACAAGCUGAUUGACCCUGUGGAGAACCUGGAGGACAGGAUGUGCAAGAAGCAUGAUAGGCUGCUGGAGCUGUUCUGUAGGAGCGACCAGACAUGUGUGUGUCAGUUUUGUGCUGAGACAGACCACAAACAUCACCACACUGUGCCACUACAAACAGAAUCACAACUAAAGAUGGCUCUUAUUCGGAGGUCAAAGGCGGAUGUGCAGCAGAUGAUCCAAGACCGGCAGCUGAAGGUGGAGGAGAUCAACGCUUCAGGGAAGUUAAGUAGAGACAAUGCAGAGAGUGAAAUAGCGGACAGUGUUGAAGUCUUCACUGCACUGAUGCGAUCUAUUGAGUCAAGCCAGGCUGAACUCAUAGAGGUGAUUGAGGAGAAGCAGAAAUCAGCAGAAAGGCAGGCAGAAGGGCUCAUCGAUGACCUGGAGCAGGAAAUCACUGAGUUACAGAGGAGAAGUACUGAGCUGGAGCAGCUCUCACACACUGAGGACCAUCUCAACCUUCUACAGCGCUUUUACAAGCAAACUACCCUUCCAAAAUAUAAAAGCUGUACUAAUGUUGCUGUUUAUCAAGUCAACUUCUUGGGCUGUGUUCGAAAUACAGUGCUUCAAGUGAAAGACUCCACCGAAGACCAAAUAAGAAAGCUGUCAGCUAUUGAACUGAAAGAGAUGCAGAAAUAUGCAGUGGACGUGACGAUGGACCCCAACACUGCAGGCCCAUGGCUUAUCCUCUCUAAUGAUGGAAAACAAGUGAGAAAAUCGCCAAGGAAAUUGAAGGUCCCAGGUAAUCCUGAGAGAUUCACUGAGGAUGUCUGUAUCCUGGCCAAACAAGGGUACAACUAUGGGAAACAUUAUUGGGAAGUUGGGUUACAGGAGAAAUCAAACUGGGUUAUAGGAGUAGCUUGCGAGACAGUGCCUAGGAAGGAAUUAAUUUCAGCUGAGCCUGAGAAAGGGUUAUGGACUCUGUGUCACAGGGAUGGCAAGGAAUAUCUGGCGUUCACAAAAAUUCCACGCCUUAUUUUACCUUUUCCCCGACCCCAGAAAGUCGGUGUCUUCCUGGAUUAUAAGGAAGGGCAAGUGUCAUUCUUUGAUGUUGAUGCAAAGUCUCACCUAUUCACUUACACAGGGUGCAAAUUCUCAAAGAAAAUCUUUCCCAUAUUUGAUCCUUGUCUUACUGCAGAAAGAAAUGAAGACCUUCCUCUCAUGAUUACUAUGGUGCAGGUAAAUUAGUGACAGUACACUCCAUGCAUAGUGUAGCUCCAGCUACAAUGUACUGUAUAUGCUUCAACCGUAGAUAAAUUAGAUGGGCACGGUGAAAUGUUCCCAUCUUUCACUCUCAUUUGGAAUAGAGGCAUCUACGCAAUGGGGGACAUAGGACGUGGACUCAUUUCAACUAUAGUUUACUUUGGGGGUCUGAAACUUUUAUAUUUACCUUCCUUAUUGUGACAAAAUGAAAUGUAAUCCUAAUUAUUCUAAUAUCCAUUUUUGAAAUGUACGGUUUAUCAAAUGUAAAUGAAAACUUUAUUUGCCACAUGCACCGAAUACAAAAGAUGUAGACUUUACCAUGAAAUUCUGACUUACAAGCCCUUAACCAACAGUGCAGUUCAAGAAGAAGAAACUUUUUAUUUUAGCCUACUUGGUAAAUAUUAACACAAAAAGAAUAACGAUUUUUAUUUGUAUCGGUGUGCAUAGUAUCUACUGUUGAAAUCGGAAGUUUACAUACACUUAGGUCGGAGUCAUUAAAACUCGUUUUUCAACCACUUCACACAAAUGUCUUGCUAACAAACUAUAGUUUUGGCAAGUUGGUUAGGACUUCUACUUUGUGUAUGACAAGUAAUUUUUCCAUCAAUUUUUUACAGACCGAUUAUUUCACUGUAUCACAAUUCCAGUGGGUCAGACGUUUACACAUACUAAGUUGACAGUUUGGAAAAUUCCAGAAAAUUAUGUCAUGGCUUUAGAAGCUUCUGAUAGGCUAAUUGACAUCAUUUGAGUUAAUUGGAGCUGUACCUGUGGAUGCAUUUCAAGGCCUACCUUCAAACUCAGUGCCUCUUUGCUUGACAUCAUGGGAAAAUCCAAAGAAAUCAGCCACGACCUCAGGAAAAAUAAUUGUAGACCCCCGCAAUUCUGGUUCAUCCUUGGGAGCAAUUUCCAAAUGCCUGAAGGUACCACGUUCAUCUGUACAAAGAAUAGUACGCAAGUAUAAACACCAUGGGACCACGCAGCUGUCAUACCGCUCAGGAAGGAGACGCGUUCUGUCUCCUAGAGAUGAACGUACUUUGGUGCGAAAAGUGCAAAUCAAUCCCAGAAAAACAGCAAAGGAUCUUGUGAAGAUGCUGGAGGAAACAGGUACAAAAAUUCUAUAUCCACAUUAAAACGAGUCCUGAAAGGCCGGUCAGCAAGGAAGAAACAACUGCUCCAAAAAAGCCAGACUGUUUUGCAACUGCACAUGGGGACAAAGAUAGUAUUUUUUUGGAUACAUUUUCUCUCGUCUGAUGAAACAAAAAUAGAACUGUUUGGCAAUGAUGAAAAUUUGUGGGCAGAUCUGAAAAAGCGUGUGCGAGCAAGGAGGCCUACAAACCUGACUCAGUUACACCAGCUCUGUUAGGAGGCAUGGGCCAAAAUUCACCCAAUUUAUUGUGGGAAGCUUGUGGAAGGCUACCCGAAACGUUUGACCCAAGUUAAACAAUUUAAAGGCAAUGCUACCAAAUACUAAUUGAGUGUAUGUAAACUUCUGACCCACUGGGAAUGCGAUGAAAGACAUAAAAGCUAUAAUAAAUCAUUUUCUACUAUUAUUCUGACAUUUCACAUUCUUAAAAUUAAGUGGUGAUCCUAACUGACAUAAGACAGGAAACGUUUACUAGGAUUAAAGGUCAGGAAUUGUAUAAAACGUAAAAUGAGUUUAAAUCCGUUAACUUUAAACUAGUUUAAAUGUGUUUGGCUAAGGUGUAUGUUAACUUCCGACUUCAACUGUAUGUGUUAUUUUUUUUUUAUACAUUUGCAACAAUGUCUAAACCUGUUUUCACAUUGUCAUAAUGCGGUGUUUUGUGUAGGUUGAGGAUUUGUAUUUUAUUCCAUCCAUUUUUAAAAUAAGUCUAAUGUAACAAAAUGUGGAAAAAGUCAAAGGGUCUGAAUAUUUUCUUAGUUAAUCCGCAAAUGCAAGCAUGGAUAGAACUCAAGUAUUUACAAAUAUUUGCAAUAGGCUUAUUCUAAUAAUUCUCAUGUGCCAACGUAUCUAUACAUCCAUGCUUUGGUGAAACUUUAACUCCUGUAGAUCUGAAAUUCUUGAAAGUCAGGACAAUUAUUUUCCUGCAAAGAAACAUUUUUACUAGUUAAUAAAUUACGUGCCCCGCAGACGUUAAUUAUUUGGCAAUCAUAAUUUAUUCGAAAAGCACAAAUUACCAUCAUAAAUUUGUUGCAAUAAAUAACGUUUGACAACAAAUCCACCAAUCACGUUUCAGGCGAUCUUUAGAACGUUUUUCUUAUAAAUGCUGUUUCCAUUAUACCUGUCGCAAGGACUUUUUUUCCGACUUUGCUUUUGUCAAAUAAACCUGGGUAACCUGCCUAGUGACAUUGCCACUUUGUCAGCUAAGAUGGAUAAGUGUGUUUUUCCAACAAAGUAAAAAGGUACCCUAGUGAAAUUCUUGUAAAUUAUAUGGUAUGAAUGCAUCUAUAUUUCAAUAUUAAGCCACUUUUGUCCAUAGCUACGGGAAGUAGUGGUGCAGAGAGCAUCCCCUGAUGAAUCAAAAUUAAUACAAAAAAUAUACAAAAAUAAAAAAUCCACCAUAAUAGUGCAUUCGGUCUUUAUUAGAAAAAUAUACAUAUUUGUCAGAGAGAAAUACCCCCCUCACCCCAAAACAUCUUCCCGUGGCCAUACUGUUGCCAAUCUCUCAGCUUAGAUGGAUAUGUGUGUUUAUCUAACACAAAGUAAAUAUAUGCACUAGUGUGUGACAUUAGCUCAAAUUUACUGGAAGAUAAAUCCUCUACAGGAUCGGUGGGUCCCACGUGGGAUGGUUGAACUAACGUAGGCUAAUGCGAUUAGCAUGAGGUUGUAAGUAACAAGAACAUUUUCCCAGUACAUAGACAUAUGAUAUUGGAAGAAAAUCUUAUUCUUGUUAAUUCUUGUUAAUCUAAUUUGCUAAUCUAACCGCACUGUUCAAUUUACAGUACCUAUUACAGUGAAAUAAUACCAUGCUAUUGUUUGAGGAGAGUGCACAGUUAUAAACUUAGUUAUUAACCUUUUGUGACUAGGGGGCAGUAUUUUCAUUUUUGGGAAAAAAAAACGUUCCCGUAGUAAACAGGAUAUUUUGUCAGGACAAGAUGCUAGAAUAUGCAUAUAAUUGACAGCUUAGGAUAGAAAACACUAACGUUUCCAAAACUGUAAAAAUAUUGUCUGUGAGUAUAACAGAACUGAUGUUGCAGGCGAAAGCCUGAGAAAAAUCCAAUCCGGAAGUGCCUCAUGUUUUGAAAGCGCUGCGUUCCAAUGCAUCCCUAUUGAGCAGUGAAUGGGCUAUCAACCAGAUUACUCUUUCUCCGUAUUCCCGAAGGUGUCUACAGCAUUGUGACGUAGUUUUACGCAUUUUUGUUGAAGAAUACCCGUAGGCGGCUACAUUGCGCAAGUGGUCACCUGAUGGCUCCCAGGGUGACUCUCGCGUAAAAUACAGAGGUAGCCAUUACUCCAAUCGGUCCUACUGAAAAACGAAUUGUCCCAAUGGAUAUAUUAUCGAAUAGAUAUUUGAAAAACACCUUGAGGAUUGAUUAUAAACAACGUUUGCCAUGUUUCUGUCGAUACUAUGGAGCUAAUUUGGAAUAUUUUCCGCCGUUUUCGUGACUGCAAUUUCCGGGCGAUUUCUCAGCCAAACGUGAAGAACAAACGGAGCCAUUUCGCCUACAAAAAUAAUAUUUUUGGAAAAAAGGAACAUUUGCUAUCUAACUGGGAGUCUCGUGAGUGAAAACAUCCAAAGCUCAUCAAAGGUAAACUAUUUAAUUUGAUUGCUUUUCUGAUUUCCGUGACCAAGUUACCUGCUGCUAGCUGGACAAUAUGCUAUGCUAGACUAUCGAUAAACUUACACAAAUGCUUGUCUAGCUUUGGCUGUAAAGCAUAUUUUGAAAAUCUGAGAUGACAGGGUGAUCAACAAAAGGCUAAGCUGUGUCUCAAUAUAUCUGUUACUUUCAUGAAUAGGAAUAUUUUCCAGGAAUAUUUAUGUCGGUUGCGUUAUGCUAAUUAGUGUCAGAUGAUGACAACGAUCCCGUUCAUGGGAUGGGGUGUCACUAGAGGUUAAUAAGCCAAUUAGGCACAUUUGGGCAGUCUUAAAUCAACAUUUUGAACUGAAAUGCAAUGGUUCAUUGGAUCAGUCUAAAAGGUUGCACAUACACUGCCAUCUAGUGUCAAAUCUAAAUUGCGCCUGGGCUUGAAUAAUACAUUAUGGCCUUUAUUUUUUACAAAGUCGAUACAAAAAAAGCACAUGUUUUUUUCUUUGUAUAAUCUUUUACCAGAUCUAAUGUGUUAUAUUCUCCUACAUUCAUUUCAUAUUUCCAAAAACUUCAAAGUGUUUCCUUUCAAAUUAUAUCAAUUUGCAUAUCCUUGCUUCAGGUCCAGAGCUACAGGCAGUUUGAUUUGAGUAUGUCAUUUUAGGCGAAAAUUGGGGGGGGAAAGGGGCGGAUCCUGGGUAACCUUAUGCAAAUUUAGUCCAGGCCUCCCAAAGUGGCGCAGCGGUAUACGGCACUGCAUCCAGUACUAGCUGCGUCACUACAGAUCCUGGUUCGAUACCGGGCUGUGUUGCUGCCAGCCGCGACCCGGAGACCCAUGAGGUGGCACAAAAUUGGUCCAGAGCCUCCUGUGGCGGGCAAUAGGAGCACAUGCACACUGACACGUUCGCUAGGUGUACGGUGUUUCCUCCGACACAUUGGUGCUGCUGGCUUCCGGGUUAAGCAAGCAUUGUGUCAAGAAGCAGUGCGGCUUGGCGGGGUCGUGUUUCGGAGGACACACGGCUCUUGACCUUUUCCUCUCCCGAGUCCGAAUGGGAGUCGCAGCGAUGGGAAAAGACUAACUAUCAAUUGGAUAUCACAAAAUUGGGGAGAAAGAGGUAAAAAAAAAAAAAAAAAAUCAUUACCCAGCCAUUUUAACUGAGAAAACAUUUAGCAAUUCAAGAGAAUACGCCAUUUAAUUAGGAGUGGGAUGUAAUAAAUUGUCAGACUCAGAACGUGACAUCAAAACCAGUCCAAUAAUGUUAUUAAACAGUAACACAUACCAGUGUUUUAAAGUAGAAAUAAACAACAAUCAUUAGGAAUCCUUAAAUCCCCAAUUACCAUGUGAAGUUUCACAACCUUGAAAAGUUUUUUUUUUUAAAGGUGUAAGUAUUUAACCAGUUCAAUAAAAUGUAUGAAUGUCAGAAUUAACAUAGUGAACAGUAACUCAUUAACCUUUUAUUUUAUUGUGUGUGUGUGUGUGAAAGCUGGGGGUGUUUCUUCAGUUUGAUAAGUUUAUUGAAGUUUCAUGACUGUCCUGAUCAGGUCAGGUUACAGGAGACCACAACCCUACAAAUUAACUCACCCCCAACAGAGGAGGAGUAAUUAGGGGUCUGAAGAUGUGGGGGGUUUAUGACCCCUCACGCCCAUGGUAAAUCUUCGGCCACAGACAACAUUCCUUUGUCCUCUCACUAUGGAGAACCAGCCUCAGAACAUUAAACAUGCAAUAAAGGGACGUUGGAACAAUUGUUUCUGUCAGCCACAAUGGUGGUCAUGACGAUAGAUGGAAUAUGGAAAUGUAUGCCAUUUUUGUUUUGUUAUUAAAAGGUUAAUAGAUUAUGUUAUUACGAAAACAUUGUAACUGUAAGAGCGUUUUCCUAAGAUAUUCUUGAUGUUUAUAUAUAUAAAUCAAAGAGAAUGUUUUGGUAUAGAUGAAGUGUGAAGUUAGUUGUCUAAAAUUGGAUUUGAGUACAAUCUAGACCUUGCCUCUUAACUUGGUACGCCCAGAGAAUUGCCCGAAAGGUGGUUACGCCCACUUCUGACCCGAGGGUAUAAGACCUGUGAGUUAGAAUGAACAGAUCAGACUAAGAGACCAGAGCUGCAGCCGAGGUCAAAAAAGUCAACGAACCCAAAAAUACAAAAAUCUUUUUCUACCCAUGCUACUGAUGAGUAGCUGUUUCUAAGCGGUUGAAUUCAAGCCGGACCACCUAGCCUCCACUCUCCAUCGAAUUGUGGUAUCUACAGGGUUUCAUUCCUACGCUGUGAGCUUCAGAGCUGUCUGUCCUCAGUAGACCCCUAUCAGAGCAAGGGCGAGGAAUCAGACCAAAAGGACACUGACAUCAUGAGGACAACCAGACAGUUGCGCAGGAGAAGUGCGUCAUUGAGAAGCCUAAACGACCCACGCGGAGCUUCACAUCUGAGACCUCCAACACAUAAUUACAUCAUUAUAUUCUGACCCAUAAGAGCGGCAGUUUGGGGCAAGGCUAGGGUUAAAAUAAGCAUAGCUGACAAAUGCACUCAAAUGUAUAUUUCUCUCGUGUACUUUCUCUUUCUCUCUCUCAAAUCCCCAUUUUGGGUGACACGCACCAUAGUGCACCAAAGUUCUGAUCAAUAGCCUAGACUGUGUUUUUGUAUAUAUUUUAACAUAAUUUUAGCUUUCUAGUUAAUAAAUUAUCAUCUAAGAUUGGUGUGGUACGAACUCAUUGGUGGGACCCAGGUCCGUGCAGAUUCCCUGAUUAUUGUCACGCCCUGGCCAUAGAGGCUUUUAUUCUCCAUUUUGGUUAGAACAGGGUGUGACUAGGGUGGGCAUUCUGUUCUUUUUUCUAUGUUUUUGUAUUUCUUCCCUCAGGGUUUUUGUGGGUAGUUGUUUUCUGUUUUGUGUCUGCACCAGACAGAACUGUUUCGUUCAUUCUCUUUGUUCUUCAGUGUCCAGUUCUAAAUAAAAAGUAUGAACACGUA